AUGCCAACGAGUAGUUCUGAUCGACUGGUAAUGGAUACAGAAUCACGCGCUAGAAGAGCUGUAAUCAAGAAAACCCUUUACUGUAAUGUUUGCGGUGACAUCGCUAAAGGAAAACACUACGGAAUCAGUGCUUGCAACGGGUGCAAAGAGUUACAGCUAAUAAAUUCGGCAUUAGAACAGAUGAUCUUCAAUGCUCAUACAGCACUACAAAUAAUCUCAUAUAUUAUAAGACAAAAGCUGCCACUGUAUGUCAAAACCACUAAAAUUGCAGUAAUGAAAAAUCUGUUGGUUAACGGUUAUAUCACUUUAGCAAAGCAAAAAAAAACUGAAGAUUCUCUUUAUGAUUUUGCCAAAACGAAUUCCUACCGCUUACAAAUAAGAAACCUAACCGGUGACACUCAAAUAUUUGUUGAUAAGCGAAAACCAGAAAAGAAAAAUAGAGUAUUCGAAAACUGUAUUCAGAAAAACUGA